AUGCCUGUUGCUGCGGCUCCCUCGUUCUGGACUUCUCUCGAAUCUGCUGCAGAGAGCAGCGAGCAGACUGGAAACUUCCAGGAUGCGUCGGAAGGCGCGGAAAUAGAGCCUAAAAAGCCUGAUCACCAGGUUUCAGUUGCACAUUCUCGUGAACGAUCUGCUGCUGGAGAGGCUGCGGAGCGGCAGAGAAGCCAUGCCGACACGAAUUCAAGUUCGUCGGCAAUGCCUGUGGCUGCGGCUCCUUCGUUCUGGACCUCUCUCGGAUCUGCUGCAGAGAGCAGCGAGCCGACUGGAAACUUCCAGGAUGCGUCGGAAGGCGCGGAAAUAGAGCCUAAAAAGCCUGAUCACCAGGUUUCAGUUGCACAUUCUCGUGAACGAUCUGCUGCUGGAGAGGCUGCGGAGCGGCAGAGAAGCCAAGGCGACAGGAAUUCAAGUUCUUCAGAAAUGCCUGUUGCUACGGUUCCGUCUUUCUGGACCUCUCUUGGAUCUGCUGCAGAGAGCAGCGAGCCGACUGGAAACUUCCAGGAUGCGUCGGAAGGCGCGGAAACAGAGCCUAAAAAGCCUGAUCACCAGGUUUCAGUUGCACAUUCUCGUGAACGAUCUGCUGCUGGAGAGGCUGCAGAGCGGCAGAGAAGUCGAGUCGACAGGAAUUCAAGUUUUUCGGCAAUGCCUGUUGCUGCGGCUCCUUCGUUCUGGACCUCUUUCGGAUCUGCUGCAGAGAGCAGCGAGCCGACUGGAAACUUCCAGGAUGCGUCGGAAGGCGCGGAAAUAGAGCCUAAAAAGCCUGAUCACCAGGUUUCAGUUGCACAUUCUCGUGAACGAUCUGCUGCUGGAGAGGCUGCAGAGCGGCAGAGAAGUCGAAGGCGACAGGAAUUCAAGUUUUUCGGCAAUGCCUGUUGCUGCGGCUGCCUCGUUCUGGACUUCUCUCGAAUCUGCUGCAGAGAGCAGCGAGCCGACUGGAAACUUCC